UACUUUCUAAAGGUAGCUCCAACAUGAAGGUUCUCAUUGUUUUCGCCUUGGCCUUGGCCUACGCCUCCGGAUCGGCGCUGCGCUCCCUGGACGGACCCGGCGGUCGCAUCACCAACGGUGAGGACGCCCGCACCGACCAGUUCCCCUACCAGGUGGGACUAUCGCUGAAGAUCGGCUCCUCCUCGGCCUGGUGCGGAGGUUCCCUGAUCGGACACGAGUGGGUUCUGACCGCCGCUCACUGCACGGACGGUGUUGACUCCGUCGAGGUUUACUUGGGCAGCACCAUUCGCAACAGCCCCAAGGUGAAGCACCACGUUAGCAAGGACGACAUCAUCAUCCACGCCGACUGGAACAGCCGCACCCUGAGGAAUGACAUCUCCCUGAUCCGCAUUCCGCACGUGGACUACAGUGGCGCCAUCCACAACGUUGAGCUGCCCAAGGAGGAGUCCCACUACUCCACCUACGAUAAUGAUGAGGUUAUCGCCUCCGGCUGGGGCCGUACCUCCGACGAGUCCAGCGGAGUGGCCGCCCACUUGCAGUACGCCCACAUGAAGGUCAUCUCGAACAGCGAAUGCGCUCGCCACUAUGGCACGACCAUCCGCAGCACGAACAUCUGCGUGGACACUCCCGCCUCCGUCUCCACCUGCAACGGUGACUCCGGUGGCCCUCUGGUGCUGGCCUCCGACAAGGUCCAGGUUGGUCUCACCUCCUUCGGAUCCUCGGCUGGCUGCGAGAAGGGAUACCACGCCGUCUUCACCCGUGUCACCAGCUACCUUGGCUGGAUCAAGGGUCACACCGGCAUCUCUCGUUAA